GUGCUUCGCUUUCCAACUAGCUCAAAGCUAGCUAGUUGCAGUGUGCGCACUUCUGCGUGUACCACCAGCAUGGUAAAGCAACCGAACGGUUGAACAUGUUGAACACGUGUAGGCACAGAACUGCUCCAUUGACAAUGAAUGACUUCCACCCGAAAGCGAAGACGUGAGCCAUAGGUAUACACUUUGAUGGAUAAAUUGGAUUUAUUCAACAUGUGCACCACACAGAACCAACCCACUGCAACUGCAUCUGCCAAUGCUGAAAGGCAAACGCAGCGUGAAUGUAUCUCUGGUGUACCAAAACGCAAGGAUGAUGUGUAGGUUUGAUCGAGGCUGGCUGAAUGCACAACGCAACAUUAGGAAGUAGCAUUAGCCAGUAGAAUGUGGUUAAAAAACCCAUUUAAUAAAGAAAGUAUGCAUAUUUUACACGUCGUCGUCGUCCCCCCGCCUUCUCGCCAUUAAAUAUUGUUAAGGGGAACAUCUACGCAUUUGUAGCGUGAAUGGAGAAUGUUUUCGGUGUGAACCGGUUCACGGGGAUACAAGUUGAUUGCCCGCUGCAUACAAUGCAAUUGGACAGUACAAUGAAACUAUCAAUACCAAAUAUCGCCAUCUGCAGGCCGUUGGGCAACCCCCUAUCCACAGUCACACACACACACACACACACAGCGGCGGGGCGGGCAACAUGGCGGCCUCUAUCUCCCCGCUACGCUCCUCCUACAGGAUUUGUAACAGUCUGUCCUUCCACCACUACCGAGCCAAACUACGGAUGCACAGAAAGUGCGAGAGCCAGAGAAGACAUCUCCAUGCGUCAGUCACCAGGCAUGCUGCAGUGGUGGUGUCAGGGACAGAGAUGGCUCGUCAGAUUCACAGAGAGAUUCAGAGGGAGGUGGAGGAGCUGGUCACUGGCGGCAACAUGAGACCCCACCUGGGUGUGGUGUUGGUUGGGGACGACCCGGCUAGUCGCACCUACGUCAGGAACAAGACCAGAGCUGCUAGUAUACUGGGUAUCUCUAGUGACACUGUGGUGAAACCUACCUCUGUCUCUCAGGAUGAACUACUGGAGCUGAUAGACAAGAUGAACAGAGACUGGAAGGUCUCAGGUCUGCUGGUACAACUACCUCUACCAGGGCACAUCAAGGAGCGUGCUGUGUGUAACGCCAUAGCUCCAGAGAAGGACGUGGAUGGAUUCCACAUCGUCAACAUAGGGAAGCUGUGUCUGGGCCAGACGUCUAUGGUGCCUGCUACACCUGCUGCUGUGUGGGAGAUCAUCAGGAGAACAGGUAUCGAGACAGUGGGGAAGAACGUGCUGGUGGCCGGACGCUCUAAGAAUGUAGGCUUGCCCAUCGCCAUGUUGCUUCACACAGACCGCAACCACCAACGCCCUGGAGGUGAUGCCACGGUAACCAUCGCCCACAGGUGCACCCCCAGAGAGCAGCUGAAGGAACUGACCCGUCUGGCCGACAUCGUCAUCGCAGCUGCAGGUGUGCCUGGGCUGAUCACAGUAGACAUGGUGAAGGAGGGGGCAGCGGUUAUCGAUGUGGGUAUUAACCGUGUCCAGGACCGGACCACAGGGAAACUACGGCUGGUGGGCGACGUGGACUUCGAAGGGGUGAAGGAGAAGGCGGGGUUUAUCACGCCAGUUCCUGGAGGGGUGGGGCCUAUGACGGUCGCAAUGCUGAUGAAGAACACUGUUGCUGCUGCCAGAUACGCACUGACGCACUGACACACACACACACACUGACACACACACUGACACACACACACACACUGACACACACACACUGACACACACACACACACACACACAGACACACACACACACACACACACACACACACACACA